AGAAGCCCAAAGCGGAAGCGUUCAAUCUUAUAGUGGCGCACGUGGGUGAGGUAGAUCUCGCUGCUUUACGGCAGCUCCGGCCUUGAUGUGGAAGAGGUCGUUAGCUGUUCUUUUCCGCUCUGGCGGCGAGGCAGGGAAGAGCGAACCGUGAGCUCUGCGCAUUUGUGGCGGGGAGGAAAAAAACGACACAGGAGCCGGUCUGAGGAGGGAAGAGAGCAGUUGAAGCCUCCCUGUAGAGGUUGGCCUCCAUGGAGGGGAGCGCCGGGAACUCGAAGGGCUCCGGGCUUGGAGGCUUCUUCGGCGCUGGAGGCGUAGGCGGGCCUGGUUACUCCCACGCGGACCUGGCCGGGGUUCCUUUGACUGGAAUGAACCCUUUGUCUCCAUAUUUAAAUGUAGAUCCCAGAUAUCUUAUACAGGACACAGAUGAGUUCAUUUUACCCACUGGAGCUAGCAAAACCAGGGGCAGGUUUGAACUGGCAUUCUUUACAAUUGGAGGAUGCUGCAUAACAGGAGCUGCAUUUGGUGCACUAAAUGGCCUGCGGCUGAGUUUGAAGGAGACACAAAGCAUGGCUUGGUCAAAACCUAGAAACGUACAGAUUUUAAAUAUGGUGACAAGGCAUGGGGCAUUAUGGGGCAAUACUCUUGGAUCUCUAGCACUGCUGUAUAGCGCAUUUGGAGUUAUCAUAGAAAAAACACGAGGUGCAGAAGAUGAUCUGAACACAGUUGCUGCUGGGACCAUGACAGGCAUGCUGUAUAAAAGCACAAGUGGACUACGUGGGAUAGCAAGAGGUGGCAUUGCAGGACUCACGCUCACCAGUCUCUAUGCUCUUUAUAACAACUGGGAACACAUGAAGGGCUCAGUGCUGAGGCAGUCACUCUGAGCAGCAUUUAGAACUGAGUAUCCACACGUGUAGUACAUGGAGACUUGAAUCUCUUCAAUACAGAAUGGAACAGAAUAAAAACAAGGACUAGAAAAACUUCACUGUGACAAGGUUAUAAAGACUGGUCUAUCCUUCCAGCUGACAGAUGGCAACAUGCUAUAUUGUAUGUGAGGGUGUGAUGAAGUUGUCAGCUGAAGGUCUUGUAUCUACAGCAUGUUCACUUACGCCUGGGCUAGUGAUUUUGCUUCACAUAACCCAAGUUAAUUAUCUGUGCUAUGUACCUAUACUAUUGAUUCAUUUGUGUCAAUAAAGUUUAUCCCUACAGCUACAAUAAGGGUCACUUC